AGCGAGCAGCGAGGAGAGAGAUAUCGAAAGGAGGGCGACCUUUGGCAACGGUGUGUUGCGUACUAAAGAGUUCAUCGUGUUCCUGUGCACAGUCCGUGGGUGUGCUGGUGCGUGUGGUGUGAGCGAGGGAUACCGUUUCCUUUGUUGGUCACGAAAGGUACAUCAUGGGCAAAUGGCGGGACAGCAAGCCGAGUCAGAUGGAUUCGCAGCGGGCCCUGCUAGAUGAGCUGAUGGGCGUCAACCGCAACCUCGACAACGAGGAGGGCGUCGUCGACGACUUCAAGGACGAGCGGGUGUGCAAGGCCUACCUGUGCGGCCUUUGCCCCCACGACCUCUUCAGCAACACGAAGCAAGACCUGGGUGCGUGCGACUACCUACACGACGAGGAGCUGAAGAGGCAAUACGAGGCGGACGUGGCCAAGGGUGAGGACUACGGCUACGACAAGCACCUGGAGUCCAUCCUGGUCAACCACAUCCAGGAAGUGGACAAGAAGAUCUCUCGUUCGCAGAGGCGGCUGGAGGAAGGGGGACAAGGUGCGAUGGCGAUGGACACGGCCUCUCUCCGCAACAACGAGGAGAUCAUGAAGAUGGAGGUACAGAUGAGCGAGAUCAUGAAGAAUGCCGAGGCGAAGGGCGAGGAGGGAGACGUCGACGAGGCUCAAGAACUGUUCGAGCAGGCGGAGGAGCUGCAGCGCACCAAGGCCGAGCUUGAGGCCAAGGCGCUGCAGCAUCAUGGAAGCCAGGGCUCAGUCGGCUCCCCUCCACCUCGCCACAUCCAACCCCACUGCACAAGAGCUGGGGAACGCGACUCAGCAGAAGCUGCGCGUGUGUGACAUCUGCGGCGCGCUGCUGUCCA